AAAAUGCGUUCAAUUUCAGUUUGUAAACAAAAUUUGCUAUCAACAAUUUUCCUAUCAUUCAGCUUAGCGAUGCACAACUCGUGUCCUUUUGAACAAUCAAUUGUGACCAACAGUCCAAUAAAAGUUAAUUGGACAUCAGAAAAAAACGCUAUGAAUGAAAUCAUCAUUUCACAACCUCCAUGUUUGAGAGAUCACAAACUAAUCACAAGAAUUUGUAUCAACGGUUUUUGGCACCCCCAAAUCCCGCCCUUGUGCCAAAAAACCACAGACACACUCAAUUCCACCAAAUCGAUGUUUAGUUGCCCCAAAAAUUGUGCCAAAUCCCAAAUGAAGUGUUUUUGCAAGUCUGACACGUGCCAAAAUCUGGCAACUGUUGCCAACCUCCACGAGAGGAAAAUCGUGGAGGGGUUGGUGGGGGAGGAGGUGUGCCAAUUGGGCCAAAUCGCCCCGGGAAUCCCCUCAUACAUGAACGGGACAAUUUGGCAAUUUGGACGAGUCAAAACCGGUUGUAAAAUUUGUGAAAAAAAGGCCACUAAAUUUUUGACUCGACUUGUUUUGACAUUUGAGACGAAAAAUACAAGUCUUUAUCUCCUGGUUUACCACCAAGAAGGGGUAAAAAAGUACAAAGAGGACAAACACGCGAUUUUUUGUUUCACAAACUCGGGGAAAUACCAAGUUCAAGAGAGGACAAAAAUCAGUAAAAUUUACGAAAACAACCCUUCUUUACUCGUGUUCAAAAUCAAAUUGAGGAAACUCGUGGGGGAGUAUUGGUGUUUGGGUUUCACCCCAAAUCACACAAUUUUAAACUCAAAUAAAAUCAUUGCUUGGAGGAAAAAACCCGGGAAUGAAUACUCCCUCAGAUUCACCCUCCACAACCCCCCCAAAUUGAACAAAAUCAUCGACGAAAAACUCAAAAUUUUGAAUUCAGAAAUUCGGCUAAUGGAAAUUUACAAUUCCGACAAUCACUCCCUCGACAUCCUAGUCCACAUUUCCACAAACCAAAAACGCGAAAUUGAGCCUGAAUUCCGGGAUUUGGCAACGAAAAUUCACAACACGAGUCUCAACGUGACUUUUUUCCGGAAUUGUGAAUUCUGUCUUUUUCCUUUGACCAAACGCAACACCGCUGUGGCGGAAUUCUGCCUCCUGAGGGACUCCACACCGAAAACGCGACGUUGCAACGGGGAUUUCCUCCUGGGGGCGGUGUGGGGGGACCCCCCACGGGGGGAGUGCACCGAACCCGACUCACCCACCACCCGGAAAUUGCGGGAUUUGGCCCAAACUCCCGAAAUUCCGGGUGAAAACCUCUGGGAAUUCAUCAGAAAUGCCAGUCUUGGGGUCUUGGAUAUCUACUAUUUGGACUUGAUUUUGGAGAAAAUUCACGGGUUUUUGGCUUUCAACAUUGUGGAUAAAUUGAUGGGGAGUGACCGGGGGGUUUUACAAAAGUCCCAACACGUUUUAAACUCCACCGAUGUCACGUUGGAACUCCUGGAGGAGAUUCUCACAAGUGCCAGAUUUGACCCACAUUCUGUGCAAAUUUUCCGCCAAAAGAACCUUCUAGUCCAUGUUGCAAACCCGUUUUUGACCAACAUUUCCGGGUUUUUGAUGGGUAAAAACCACGAAAUUCGGGGGUUGCGACGUGGGGAGGAUUUCACCCACUUUGGAGACAGUGACUUGGACCUGGGGGUGCACAUCCCGGAGCAAAUCCUCGACCAAAUCCACAACGAAACCAACAAUGUUUCCGAUGUUUUUGUCAUAAUUGUGGUCUUUUUCCAUGAUAAUUUAUUCCUUGAGGAUGAUUUCUACCAAAGUGACAGUUUCGUCAUUAGUGUGACCAUUCCGGGACAUGGGGCGUACCUAAAAACCCCAAUUUCUAUCGCUUUUAGCCCAAAAGUGGCCACUGAGGGGACUUUUUGCGGGUUUUGGGACCUUGGCACUAGUGGGAAUUGGAAAAAGGGGGAAUGGUCACAACUCGGGGGGGAAUUUUCCGGGAAUUUGGGGAAUUUACAAAUCUGUUCUUACUUGCACCUGACACACUUUGCGUUACUUUUAAUGAGUGAUAAGUCAAAUUAUGACGAAGACAACGUCAUCAUCUCUGAUGAUGACCACAAUGAUUUAAUCCUCGAAAUCAUUACGAUUUUUGGUUGUUCGUUGUCACUUUUUGGCAUUUUGGGGGUCUUCCUCACGGCGAUUUGUCACACUCAAUGGUGCCAAAAAACCGGCACGAAAAUCCUCCUCAACUUGUGUUUGGCAAUCCUACUCGAGUCAAUCUGUAUCCAAUUAUCGGAAAUAAACCCAUUGAAAACUCAACCAAACUUGUGCAAAAUCAUCGGAAUGACUUUACACUACGUUGUUUUGAGUAAAUUCACUUGGAUGUUGAUUUACGCAUUUUUGCAAUAUUACAGAUUUGUCAAAGUGAUCGGGGUAAUCCCCCAGAAUUUGAUCCUGAAAUCGGUGAUUGUGGGUUGGGGGGUUCCCCUAGUUUUGGUGUUCCUCGUCGGUCUCACAACCGAUCAAAGUUACGUCUCGAAAUCGUACGAAUUGUGUUAUCCUCGCGGUUUGUUGCUCUAUUUCGGUGUUUUGGUCCCGAUUUGUGCCAUAAUCGUGGCGAAUAUUGCGAUUUUUUGCGUCAUUAUGUACAAUAUUAGUCACACAGUUGGCGGGAAUCGGAAAUUGUUCAAGCCAAGAUUGUAUUUGGCUCUGUUGUUGUUUUCUGUUCUUGGGAUUCCCUGGGUUUUUGGACUUGUUGCCGAGGUUUUGAGUCCUUCCAUUUUGAAAAUUGUGCUUUUUUACGUGUUUUGUGUCACUGCGACGCUUCAGGGAUUUGUGCUGUUUCUAUUUUAUGUUGUUUUGAAUAGGGAGACGCGACAUUUUUGGUUGAGAAAGUUUGGAAUGAUUAAAAAAUAAUAAAGUGAUUU